UUUGGUAGCGUUGGUGUUAGAGAGAAAAAGAGCCCCUUGAAUGAGAGCAAGGAAGAAGACACAAUUUGGAAAGACGUAGCACUAAGAAGUUGUGGGGGGAAAUCAGUAUUUUUGGAAGUCAAGUCAGUAAUCAGGAGGAGGGAUUUUGGGUUCUCCCUUUUCUGGGGUCUUCUUUUGAGUUUUUGCAACCACCGUUCUUAUGGAUGCAGAAGGAUCAAGCAUUGGGAGACCUCCACAAAACUCUACGAGAAGAGACAGAAAACAGGAAAAAUGGAGAAGACAGAGAGAUCAGGACCCAGAUGUCCGCCUGUCCAAAGCCCUGUCUUACGCUCUGCGUCACGGUGCGGACAAGCUGGGGUUAUGCAUGGGGACCGAUGGCUUCGUAGACGUGGCGGAAGUCCUUCGUUUGCCUCAAUUUAAGGCUUGGUCCCUGGAUGACGUGCAGCGCGUCGUGGAGACGAACGAAAAGCAGCGCUUCGCCGUGCGCCCGCACCCGUCUGGCGGACACCUCCAGAUCCGCGCCAAUCAGGGGCAUUCACUGCAGGUGUCUGAACUGGAGCUGAUCCCGCUGCUGGACUCGCCAGAUUUUCCAGAGAUCGUGGCUCACGGCACAUAUCUGCGCCACUGGCCAGCAAUUCGGCGUAGCGGGCUGUCCCGGAUGGGGAGAACGCACAUCCAUUUAGCACCAGGAUUGCCAGGAGACGUGGAGGCCCUGAGCGGAAUGAGAAACAACUGUGAAAUUGCCAUAAUCAUUGAUGUUUCCAAAGCAUUGGCAGGUGGAAUCGCUUUUUUCCGUUCAGCCAACGGAGUCAUCCUCACCCCUGGCGACGCCAACGGGCUGCUGCUCCCCCGCUACUUCCAGGAAGCCCUGCAACUUCGGCCUACGCGCUGCCCACUUCCCCUUGAGUGACUAUUGGAUACAACAUUUCCUAUUUCCCUCUCCACGAGACAGUAAUUUAUGGAGUGUGUGGAUUAUUUAUUACUAAACAAGAAACGCCACUGUUUAAAUAUAGCAUGUGUAUUCUGUGUGUGUG